CGCGGCGGCCUCUGUACGCCUGCGCCGCCGUUGCCCGGCACCCGCCGGCGAAAGGACGACAGAGUCCAGGGGUGGGGGCCGCGGGGACUCCGGAAGGCCACCCUUUACCCGGAAAUGGUUGUAGAGGAACAUGGCGUUGCUGGUGCGAGUCCUUAGGAACCGGAUUAACAUUUCCCAGUGGUUUCCAGUAUGUAGCCGAUUGGUACCUGUGUCUUCUACACAGGGAAAGUGGGGCAGGGCUCUGUCUGGUACUUUCCAGUGGUCCCCGAUGAGCCAGUUCUUAGGAUGUGGUAGAUCAGAACAGAUUCCUGGAGUAGGUGUACAGUGGAGUAGGAAGUAUCACACCACAAAUAAGCUUUCUACUACCAAGGAUUCCCCACAGCCUGUUGAGGAGAAGGUUGGUGCCUUCACGAAGAUAAUAGAAGCCAUGGGAUUUACAGGACCUUUGAAAUACAGUAAAUGGAAGAUUAAGAUUGCGGCUCUGCGCAUGUAUACUAGCUGUGUGGAGAAAACUGACUUCGAGGAAUUCUUUCUAAGAUGUCAGAUGCCUGAUACAUUCAAUUCAUGGUUUCUUAUAACUCUACUUCAUGUCUGGAUGUGUCUAGUCCGAAUGAAGCAGGAAGGCCGGAGUGGGAAAUAUAUGUGUCGGAUCAUAGUUCAUUUUAUGUGGGAGGAUGUUGAGCAGCGUGGCAGAGUUAUGGGGACUUUCCUAGGGAGGCUGGCCCAGCACAGUACCGAGUAUGAUGGCAGGAAGGUGCGGGAAACUAGGCAGCCCCCAGGGUCUGAAAGGAGGAAUGGAGCCUGGCAGCCUGGCACCUCUGCUCAGAUGUCUGUGCACUUGAGAUGGCCAGUACUGGUGGGGAACAAGCAUCCUGUUAAUUCUUAUAUCCUGAAGAAGAACAUGAUCCUUAUGACAAAUAAUUUCUAUGCGGCAAUCUUGGGAUAUGAUGAGGGGAUCCUUUCAGAUGACCAUGGGCUGGCUGCUGCCCUCUGGAGAACCUUCUUCAACCAGAAAUGUGAAGACCCUCGACAGCUUGAAUUGUUGGUGGAGUAUGUGAGGAAACAGAUGCAGUACCUGGACUCCAUGAAUGGGGAGGAUCUGCUUCUGACAGGGGAGGUGAGCUGGCGCCCUCUCGUGGAGAAGAAUCCUCAGAGCAUCCUGAAGCCCCAUUCCCCAACUUAUAACGACGAGGGUCUUUGAUGGGCUGAUGCCUCUGAACAGCUGGCCAGCUGGCUUUGAGGAACUGCCAGGAGAGAGGUGCUUGUUUGGCCCAGAACCCUGCAGAAAGUGGCCUGAACUGACCUUCAAACAGCAUCUGUCAAAUAUCUGGCCCCAUUUGUGUUGAUUUUCCUCUUAGUAUGCCCAGAAGUCUGAUCUGGUGGACUAUAGUGCUGGGAGAACCCUUAGCUCUUCUGAGGAAUCCACCCCUCAGGAGAAGCCUGGAGCAAGAGCUUUCCAGCACACACUCCCCUGGUCCCUCCAGCAACUACGUGAUUGACAACUUUUCCUAAAGGCCCCAGAGAGUUUGGGAUAGGUUAGAAAGGGGACACUUCCACCAAGGGCCCGCUGUGGCCAAGGGGCAGUUUGGAAUGCUGCUGAGUCAAGACGGGUAACCAUGCUCUGUCCUCUGGCUUUGAGCCAUGGGGUUGAGUUGGCCAUUAAAAGAAACAGAGACUUAUCUCUGCCAUGGCUCUUCUUUAUUCCGGGGUUUUUAGAAACUUAUCUGAGAUGGCAGUUGCCAUAAGUUGAGGACCCCACCCAGCUCAGUUAGAGACAGGGAGGGCAAGAGGUCAGGAAGGUCUCUGCUGCUGCUCUUAUCUCCAGUUGAUGGAGAUGUCCCUGUUAUGUCCAAGGCAUAGCCUGCUAGGCUCCAUCCUCUGGGACCCAGGAGGCCUCUGAUGGCCAAGGGGCUUGUCACAUCCUGAGUCAUUUGGAAAGAAGUUCCAAGAACUUAGGUCCUUUUGUCACUUCCCUACCGAACGGGGUGAGGAACAUGCUGUCUUUCCUCUCUUGACUCCCUUUACGUGAGAUACUGGGGAGAAGAGGAGAAAAUUAUUUCUGACUUAGUUGUACCAUCCCAGGGCCAAGCCCGUGCCCAGCUUUCUAACCCCAUCCCAACUUCUGGAGCAUGUGCUGCAGAGUCAGCUCAGUCUGUGCACUUGAAUCAGUCCCCUCCUUCCUGAGUAUGGGUCAUUUCUUGGGGAAUUUUCUUUGCAUUGAAGAAAGAGGGCGGGGAACCAUAUUGCCCCUCCUUCCCCCAUCAAACUUCCUUCAUUUAACUUGCUAUAAAAUGAGUCAUAUAAAGAAAUUCUAUAUGGGUGAGGUAUAUCCCACUUCUGUGAAAACAUUACAAAUCAGACCGCCUUCUCUGAGUUUAUUUAAGAUGCUUUUGUUGCGAGCGGAGUUCUAGAGUGAAGCCCCCUCUGUGUGUGUGAGAUAGUAACACCUUGUAACUCAUUACAGCUGGGCACUAUUUACAUAAACCAGAGCUGAGCCAGGCAGGAAUUUGCUGAUUAAUUUAUUUUUAAUGGAGUGAAGUAUACCAUGUACCAAAAUAAACUUUACUGUGUGUACCUAA